GACUGUGGGUUAGAUAGGGUGUGAGAAGUUAGUGGCGCUGCUGCUGUGAGGGGACGGAGACGGCGUUCCCCCCCCUCCUCCCACGGCUUAAGCUUGGAUCAACGCGCGAUGCUCACGGACGGCACAGCCGCCCCGACUCCCACCGGCGAUGAGGAAAUAGACUCGGUGACGCCCCGUACUGCCCCGGCCGCCAUCGUUGAGGCCUCCACGGCCGGGCCUAACCCGUUGGGGUUGCGGGCCGUGCGCCUCUUCGGAGAGGCAGGGCCCUGUGGGCCGAUAGGCUCGGCAACAACUUCGGGAGAGGCCGGGGCUGCUGCCGCCGCUGCCGCCCUCGACUUUAAACUGGCGGCCGCUGUCCUAAGAAGUGGGGGCGGCGGUGGAUCCGGCAGCGACGAGGACGAAGUGUCUGAGGUUGAAUCAUUUAUUUUGGACCAAGAAGAUCUGGAUAACCCAGUGCUUAAAACAACAUCUGAGAUAUUUUUAUCAAGUGCUGCUGAAGGAGCAGACCUACGGACAGUGGAUCCAGAAACACAAGCAAGAUUAGAAGCUUUAUUGGAAGCAGCAGGGAUUGGUAAAUUGUCCACUGCCGAUGGUAAAGCCUUCGCAGAUCCUGAGGUGCUCCGAAGAUUGACUUCUUCUGUUAGCUGUGCAUUGGAUGAAGCUGCUGCUGCAUUGACACGGAUGAGAGCAGAAAACAAUCACAAUGCAGGACAAGUGGACAAUCGCAGUUUGGCAGAAGCUUGUUCAGAUGGGGAUGUAAAUGCUGUUCGGAAACUGCUUGAUGAAGGAAGAAGUGUAAAUGAACAUACAGAAGAAGGAGAGAGUUUACUUUGCUUGGCUUGUUCAGCUGGAUAUUAUGAAUUGGCACAAGUGUUGCUCGCCAUGCAUGCAAAUGUUGAAGACAGAGGGAAUAAAGGAGAUAUAACUCCACUCAUGGCAGCAGCCAGUGGAGGCUAUGUGGACAUUGUAAAACUACUCCUUGUUCAUUGUGCUGAUGUGAAUGCCCAGUCAUCUACAGGGAACACCGCGCUCACCUAUGCUUGUGCUGGGGGAUUUGUUGACAUUGUCAAAGUCUUGUUGAAAGCAGGGGCAAAUAUUGAAGAUCAUAAUGAAAAUGGACAUACUCCCUUAAUGGAGGCUGCCAGUGCAGGUCAUGUUGAGGUUGCAAGAGUACUUCUGGAAUAUGGUGCUGGAAUCAACACUCAUUCCAAUGAAUUCAAAGAAAGUGCCCUUACACUUGCUUGUUAUAAAGGUCACUUAGAUAUGGUUCGUUUUUUGCUUGAAGCAGGAGCCGACCAAGAGCACAAAACAGAUGAGAUGCACACUGCUUUAAUGGAGGCUUGUAUGGAUGGGCAUGUAGAAGUAGCUCGUCUGUUGCUCGACAGUGGUGCUCAGGUGAACAUGCCUGCUGAUUCAUUUGAAUCUCCGCUAACACUUGCUGCUUGUGGUGGUCAUGUGGAAUUAGCAGCUCUGUUGAUAGAAAGGGGAGCGAAUCUUGAGGAAGUUAAUGAUGAAGGGUAUACUCCAUUGAUGGAAGCUGCACGGGAAGGUCAUGAGGAGAUGGUGGCUCUAUUACUAGCACAAGGUGCUAACAUAAAUGCACAGACAGAAGAGACACAGGAAACAGCUCUAACUUUAGCAUGCUGUGGAGGAUUUUCAGAAGUAGCUGAUUUUCUUAUUAAGGCAGGAGCUGACAUAGAACUUGGUUGUUCUACACCUUUGAUGGAAGCAGCACAAGAGGGCCACUUAGAGCUGGUGAAAUACUUACUAGCAGCAGGUGCUAAUGUCCAUGCUACAACUGCAACAGGAGACACUGCUUUGACCUAUGCCUGUGAAAAUGGACACACUGAUGUUGCAGAUGUUCUACUUCAAGCUGGUGCAGAUUUAGAACAUGAAUCUGAAGGUGGAAGGACACCAUUAAUGAAGGCUGCAAGAGCCGGUCAUCUAUGCACUGUACAAUUUCUUAUUAGUAAAGGUGCCAAUGUUAAUCGGGCUACAGCUAAUAACGAUCACACAGUGGUGUCACUGGCAUGUGCUGGGGGCCAUCUUGCUGUUGUUGAGCUACUACUAGCUCAUGGUGCCGAUCCCACUCAUCGUCUUAAGGAUGGCUCAACUAUGCUUAUUGAAGCUGCCAAGGGUGGUCACACAAAUGUUGUUUCCUACUUACUGGAUUACCCAAAUAAUGUUCUGUCAGUUCCGACUACAGACAUGACACAGCUCACACCACCAUCUCAGGAUCAGUCUCAGGUUCCACGUGUACCAAUGCAUGCACUUGCCAUGGUUGUACCUCCCCAGGAACCUGACAGAGCUCCUCAAGAGAAUCCCUCUCCACUUUUGACUCUCCCAAAAGGUACAUCCAAGCAGAAGUCAACUUCCCUUCAGGUAGCAGAUCAGGAACUACUGUCACCUUUUCACCCAUACCAGCCUUUGGAAUGUAUAGUAGAAGAAACUGAAGGCAAGCUCAAUGAACUUGGACAGAGAAUUAGUGCAAUUGAAAAAGCACAACUUAAAUCAUUGGAGUUAAUUCAAGGUGAACCUUUGAAUAAAGAUAAAAUUGAAGAGCUCAAAAAGAACAGAGAAGAACAAGUACAAAAGAAAAAGAAAAUACUGAAGGAGCUGCAAAAGGUGGAAAGGCAGUUGCAGAUGAAAACACAGCAGCAAUUUACCAAAGAAUAUUUGGAGACCAAAGGUCAGACAGAAGCUCCCCUUACUCAGCAGCAGCAGCAGUGUCCACAUACAGGUGUCCUCCCAGAACUGGAAGGAAAUGAGGGCCUUCCCGGGGAUAACCUUUCAGGGUUGUCACAGGUUGACAGUGUCCUGCGUAAAGAUGAGCAACAACACUCUCCUUCAUCUCCUGAGCAAACUGAGUUUGCCCCUCUUCAGCCUCUCUCAACACCACAGUGUAACUUUUCAAGUAAUAUAGGUUGUAAUGGGACAGAUUCUUUUGAACUUCAGAAAGUAUUAGGUAAUCAGCAAACUGUAGGACAGCAGCAACCAAUUGCUGGACAUGUUCAGGGGCUAUUAGUUCAAGAACCAGAUGGAUUAAUGGUUGCCUCACCAGCACAGACGCUUACCGACACUCUUGAUGACCUGAUAGCAGGUGGGUUGAGAAAUGUACCUUUUCUUGCAUUAAUGU